AUCACUUGUCUAUACCUACUGCGAGCCUAGACUUGCGGCGCAUUCGAUUGCCCCCUCGUCACCUCAGAUGAGCGGCGCCCAACGCUCACAUAUCCACUUUUUCAUUCUUAUUCUUCCCAAUCCCUAGAGUGUUCAGAAGCCCUAUUGCCCUGCUCCUUGCGCCUCGCCCGUCUCUCAAUCCUUAUUUUCUAUUCUUACCUACUCAUCCACAUCCUCAUCCUCGUUCUCAACCUCCUCCGCCUCGUCCCUCCUUCUCUUCCUGCUCGUCCACUAUGCCACCUCUUCCUCGGCCCGUCCUAUCAUUAUCCAGUUAAAAAGUGGCCCUGACCACUUUUUAACUACAUACUGCCCAUUACUACUCCCCACAAAUCGAAACUACUCCCUCCCAAUCCGCCGUGUCGCCUUACGACAGGCCUGCUUCUACUGUGCCAUCUUCUGCUGCAGCUCGCCAAGCAUCGUUCGUCGCUCCUUCUCCCAAAACGGAACUCUUACUAGCCUCGCCCCUGCCUUCUCGCAAUUCUCACUGCGCUCACUCCUACCUGUCCUUCCCUCGCGCUCACUCCACUACCGCUAUUGUAAGACCUACCCUGUAAGGGAAAGGAACUGCUCUGCGAACCCCCAUGCGAUGCUAUGCAGAGUGAGAGAGCCUCCGUCGCAUAACCUUGCUUGAUCUUAUAGAUACGUGCCCGAGAGACUUCGCUACGUCGACUUAUCACUCGUUGCUAUUAACGUCCCGCUCCGUCACUCGACUAUAUAUCUUGGACAACAAAGCUUCCGACCGGGCCUACAAAAUUCAUCCGAGCGCCUGCCACAGUCAUACAAUAUUGUUCCUUCGGUUCCCUUUGUUGCAGCCGGGCCUUUCCAUUUUUUCUCUCGUCCAAAGUUUCUACUCCUCUCUAAUGCUAUCUAUGAUAUGAGGUUCGGACGCAUUCUGGCGCCUCUCACCAUCUACCGCGCCAACCAUCCCACUCACCGCACGGAGGAGUGGCGCAGAUGACCUUGCCACAUCGCACACAACCUCCCAACCGUCAAGUCGAUGAUAGCGUCGGCGCUUCACUCCAGCUCCUCACCCAUACCUCCCGCCGAGCUCCUUAGCAACCUCCAUCUGGCCAGCUCCCCUCUCGACCCGAAUUGGGUGAGAGAGCUGUCUAAAUCUGCUCGCAGCCGGGCAUACCCGUCACCGCCCAUGUCAGGCUCGCCGCUGAAGCCCCCACAACAUGACAAUGGCUUCGAUGGCCGUGGCCGCGGCCGCGGCGGGCUCGGCCAGCAGCCACCGCAGACUCGAACGCAUGCGCAGCAGCUGCUACCUCAGACCGAGGCCCGCGACGGCGCAAGGGAGCCGCCUUCGGCUACUUCUCACAACCCGAGCAUUGCUAUGCAAUAUUCACCAUAUCAGCCGGGAGGGGGGAUGCCGACUGAACAAUCGCCAUAUCAAUACCCACCGCAGCCCUCGGCACAGCUUCCAGCGCCACCUCUUCCUCCAUACGGCUUCGACCAACCACGGCCUGCGAAUUACCCCUUCCAGAUGCCCGAGCGACCAGAGCCCGCCUCGGCUGCGAAGACGAGGAAGACGAAAGGCCAUGUAGCUUCUGCAUGCGUACCGUGCAAGCGAGCGCAUCUCAGAUGCGAUGCACAACGGCCAUGUUCACGCUGCCACAGUAACAACAAAGAGGAUGCCUGUAUAGAUAUGGUACACAAAAAGCGAGGCCGCCCCCGACUCCGCGAUGACCACAACACCCGCCUUGAUCAACCCGUUCACCCACAGCCCGACCCCCUCCACCGCCGUCCUGCUCCUCACUACCCCACCAACUCACCCCCCUCGGAACCCCACACCAGAUCCUCUUCCUCCUACCGAGUCCUCAAAUCUCAAGCAACUCCCCAUCUCCCUCGCUAUCUUGACCACGCCUCCCCCUCCGACGCAAACCUCUUUCCCCCACCCGCCACCUCCCGCCCUCAUGACCCCCCAGUACUCUACCUCACGCCAUCCCUCCGCAUUGCUCGCGCCUCCCCCGCCUUUUCUCACGCAACCGGAAUACCCUCCCCAGUCGCGCGCUCCUUACAUGACACCCUUGCCCCAGCCUCGCGCUCCUCAGCAGCGCGCCUCCAGCACAUCUUCGAUGACCUCCGCCAGACAAGGGAACCGCACUAUCUGCCCCCUAUAUUUGGCUCAGGCGAGGAGUCACGCGUUAUUGCUGCUGUUGGGAUGACAGAGGAGGAUGUGGCGCGCGUGCCUGUUGAAGCGAGGGAGGUGUUAGGGUUUCAAGGGGCUGGUGGGGAGGUCAGGGCGUUUGAGGUGGGUGUUGGGUUGGGGAGGAGAGAGGGCAUAUUUUAUGUGGUGUUGAGGUUGUUGGGGGCUGUGCAGGUGCAGACACUGACGCCGAUGCAUACACAGAUGCACAUGGGUGGUGGGAGUGGUGGUGGCGCCGGGUAUAGGGGUGACCCUAUGUUUGGUGGACAGCAACAGGGGUUGGGACCGCAGCAGGGACAUUCGCAGAUGGGGUACCAGCCUGUGAGAACAGCGUAUGGAGGUGGCCAGGGACAAGUGGUGGGACAAGUACAGGGACAGCAGACACUAGGACGAAGUCAACAAGGGUUUGCGCCGAUGCAGUCGUCACAGAGCCAAGGUCAAGCUCAGAGCCAGGGCCAGGCACAAAGACAAGGACAAGGACAAGGACAAUACGUCCCACCCCCUUCAUCACGCAGCUCUGAACAGCGUGCGCUCAUUCUCCCGCCCAUACGAAUGAGAGAGGGUGAGAGCUCGGGGCCGAGCGGUAUGCCGCAUGGAGGGGGACGGCGGAGGAGUAGUAGGGUUGAUAUUGGAGGGUUGAUUGAAGGACCUGAAGGGAGGUAAAAAUUGCUGGGUUCCCCUAUUGGGGUUGGGGACGGUGGCGGUUGAUUGAUUGACUGAUUGAGAGGGAAAAAAAAAUGGGAGGCGGGCUUAUUUUUUUUUAAUGAAAUAUGGGUGUUGCAUCGGGGGAGAUUAUGUGUAUGUAUGAUAGCACGAUCAGAGCGAGAUGGGCGUCUUUGGGACAUAUUUCCUUUGUUGGCUCUGGUUCUGGCUCUUGGAUCUGAAAUGGCUCGAACAGUAGGUGGUCUGGCUUGGGCGACUGGCAUGGCAUGGAGGGGUGGUGGGUGGCGGAGAAUCUGUUUACUGUAAUGAAUUGCGAAGUGGGAGAUAUUGGGAAUGGGAGCUUGCGACGCGAAAAGGAGGGAUGAAUGUGUGCAUGUGUACGAGGUUUUACGACACUGCUUCUUUUUUUUAUUGUCUUUGUCCUUUCUUGUGUGUUUUUUUUUUUUUUUGUUUAAAUUUUAAUGUUUUAUGUUUGU